GCAUUAUUUUAUACUACGCAGUGACACGCUUUUUGUUAUUUAUUAUUGCGCACACCACCUUUAUUUAUUUAUUUUUUUUUUUUCCACACACACACACACACCCCAUUCUUUUCCAUUUCCUUCUUUAUUGUUGUCAAGAUGGACAAAUCCUCAGCAGAAAGAAAGAGUAAUUUCAAAAACAAAGAUGCUUUUGGUGCCGAUCAAGUUCGAAACCGUCGACAAAAACACACGGUCGAAAUUAGAAAGCAAAAACGUGAAGAAAAUCUUUCAAAGCGUCGUAACAUGCACAUUCCCACUGCAUCCAUGUCAGAUAGUGAAGAUGAUAUUGAAGUCGAAGAUGAUUUCAACUUAAUUAAUAAUUUAUCAGGUUUAAUGGUCGAUCUUAACUCAAAUGAAGUAGAAAAGCAAUAUGAUGCCACAACGAAAUUUAGAAAGUUACUUUCUAAAGAAAAGAAUCCACCUAUUAAGGAAGUUAUUCAGACAGGUGCAGUUCCUAAAUUUGUGGAAUUCUUAAGAUCAAGUCAUCCUUUAUUACAGUUUGAAGCAGCCUGGGCAUUAACCAAUAUUGCUUCUGGUUCUUCUGACCAAACUCAAGUUGUUAUUGCUGCUGGUGCAGUCCCCAUUUUUAUUGAAUUACUCAAGAGUAACAUUCCUGAUGUUAAAGAACAGGCUGUUUGGGCAUUAGGUAAUAUUGCAGGUGAUAGUGCAGUAUGUCGUGACUAUGUCCUUGAACAAGGUGCACUUGGACCUCUCCUUGUUAUUCUUAAUGAACAACAUAAACUUUCCAUGUCACGUAACGCCACUUGGACAUUAUCCAACUUAUGUAGAGGCAAAAACCCUCAACCUGCAUGGGAAAUGGUUGUUCCUGCUUUACCUGUUCUUGCUAAACUUAUCUAUUCCACUGAUGAAGAAGUUCUUAUUGACGCCUGUUGGGCUAUUUCUUAUUUAUCUGAUGGUUACAAUGAUCGUAUUCAAGCUGUGAUUGAAUCAGGAGUUUGCCGUCGACUUGUUGAAUUAUUGAUGCAUCCUUCCACCUCUGUUCAAACACCUGCUUUAAGAUCUGUGGGUAAUAUUGUGACUGGCGAUGAUUUGCAAACUCAAGUCAUCAUCAAUUGUGGCGUUUUACCCGCCCUUAACGCUCUUUUGAAUAGUAAAAAGGAAGCCAUUCGAAAGGAGGCCUGUUGGACAAUUUCAAACAUUACAGCCGGCAAUACUGUUCAGAUUGAUGCUGUUAUUGAAAGCAGUAUCAUUCCUCCUCUUAUUCACAUCUUGGCUACAGCCGAGUUUAAGACACGUAAAGAAGCCUGUUGGGCUAUCGUGAAUGCUACUUCUGGUGGACUUAAUAAACCAGCCCAAAUCCAUUAUUUAGUAGCCAGUGGUUGUAUUAAGCCCCUUUGUGAAAUCUUGACAAGUAUGGAUAAUAAGAUUGUUCAAGUUGCUCUUGACGGUCUUGAUAAUAUUUUAAAGAUUGGUGAACAAGAACGUCCUAACGAUCCAGAUGGUAUUAAUCGAUAUGCACUUUAUAUUGAAGAAUGUGGUGGCAUGGAAAUCAUUCACCAAUUACAACAACAUCAAAAUGAAGAAGUUUACAAAAAGGCAUAUCAUAUUAUUGAUCGUUACUUUAGCGAUGAGGAUGCGGAUGAAAUGACAGAAGAAAUGGCACCUCAACAGUCAUUCCAAUUCCAAUCCAAUGUGGAUGUUCCUCAAGGUGGAUUUAAUUUUGGAUCUUAAUUACAAAUAUACACAAAAAAAAAAAUAUAAAAUACUAGCAAUUCCUUCAUUUUUUUUUCUUUUUUUCUCCCUCUAUAAAUAAAAAAAAAUUAUACAU